UUUUUUUUUAAAGAACUUGAGUGUGUCACUGUUGUCUGUUCAGGGACCCUGGUUAUUAUCUACAACCUGAAGCUGAUGGAUACCCGGGAGCCUGAGCUGGAUGUUGAAACAGACCGCCAGGACAUCCUCAUGGCUGGGAUGCCACCAGAGGGAGUAAAGCCGGAGCGUCGCUCCUUCAGAGCCUAUGCAGCUGUCCUCUAUAUCGACCCCAGGAUGAGAAUCUUCAUACAAGGUCACAAAGUGCGCACUAAGAGGCUCUCCUGCUGCCUCUAUAAGCCAAGAGUUUACAAAUAUAGCUCCACACGCUUCAAAACCCGGGCAGAACAAGAGGUGAAGAAGGCAGACCACCUUGCUAAAAUAUCUGAAGAAAAGGCUAGGGAAGCAGAGAGCAAAAGCCUCGCUCUGGAGCUGAAGCUGGGAGACGACCUCUCCAGGGAAGCUCGUGCUAUGUUCCGCAAGGCUCAGGAAUCAGCCAUGAUGUUACGUCAGGAGGCAGACAUAAAGAGGAAAAUCUUGGAGACCAAACAGAAAGCCCUCAAAGAGCCCAAGGAACUAAACUUUAUUUUUGGGGUGAACAUUGAACAACGAGAUUUGGAUGGCAUGUUCAUUUACAACUGCAGUCGCCUCAUCAAGAUGUACGAGAAAGUGGGGCCGCAGCUCGAGGGAGGCAUGGCUUGUGGUGGAGUUGUGGGUGUGGUUGAUGUUCCUUACCUGGUCCUUGAGCCUACACACAACAAGCAAGACUUUGCGGAUGCCAAGGAGUACAGACAUCUGCUGAAGGCCAUGGGUGACCACCUGGCCCAGUACUGGAAAGAUGUUGCCAUUGCACAAAAGGGCAUUGUCAAAUUCUGGGACGAAUUUGGCUACCUUUCGGCCAACUGGAAUCAGCCCCCUUCCAAUGAUCUGCGAUAUAAGAGGCGGCGUGCCAUGGAGAUCCCUGUCACCAUUCAGUGUGACAAGUGCCUGAAGUGGCGUACGCUUCCCUUCCAACUGGAUGCUGUGGACAAGCGGUAUCCUGACAGCUGGGUCUGUUUGAUGAAUCCAGAUAGCACCCAGGACAGGUGUGAUGCUCCAGAGCAGAAGCAGAACCUACCAGUUGGGGUGAUGCGCAAGGACACGAAGUCUGUGGAAGAUAAGCAGAGGGAGAUAACCGAAAAGAUCAGACAGCAGCAGGAGAAGCUGGAGACACUGCAGAAGACUGCUCCCAUUAAAUCUCAGGCAGAUGUGAAGAAAUUGCCUCUAGAAGCCAGCUUGAAGACUGCAAGUGAGAGUAACCCACAGGGCACCAGGGUGGUACGGCCCCGAUCUCCCCCUCUUCCAGCGAUGAUAAAGAAUGCCCCCAGCCGGCCACCCCUCAGCAAGCCCCCUCCCCUCAGCAGAAAGCCCAAUACCCCAACCCGGACAGCAAAACCCCCAGUGCCAGCACCUGCACCUCCUACUCCUCCACCCCCUACCGUCCGCAGGCAGGAGCCCCUGGCCAAGGCCCGGCCAGCUGCCAGCCCCAGGAUCCCGGUUUCUAAAGUCAAAUCAGGUGGUAGGAUGGGGGCCGUGCGCUCUCCAAGGGGGGCAACCAAACAGACCCCAACCACAAGUAGCCAGCGCAAGAGAGUUACAGACGGUAUGCGUGAGGAUGGUGAGGAUGAAGAGGACGGAGAGCCACAGCUAAAAAAAACGAAGAUGACACUGGAUAAAUCGAGCAAACCAGUCGUAAAGAAACAGGAGGUGAAAAAGGGGAAGGUGACAGAGGUGCGGGCGCAGACUGCAGAGGGCAGCGUGGUCAUGGAGAAUAAAAAACGAUGUAACAUCAUUCCACUAAUCUUCGCUGGCAGGCUCGGCAAGUUUCAUCGCCAGCAAACACCCCAUCAGAUUACAGAUUGUGCCGAGGAGGAAGACACUGAGAAAGAUCUUAAAGAGGCUCAGAAAGAUAAAGGUCUGCUGGUGGAGGUAAAAGUCAACAAAGAGUGGUUCACAGGAAGGGUAGCAGCAGUGGAAGCCAGUAAGCAGAGCGUGCGUUGGAAAGUGAAGUUUGAUUACGUGCCCACGACCUCCACUCCUCGCGACCGAUGGGUUUUUAAGGGCAGCGAUGAGGUUCGACUGAUGCGACCCCCAUCCCCGGUCACUCAGAGCCCGGACACCCAACAGGAAGCUGAAGCAGAGAGGGCAUCCAUUGCAAUGGAGCCCGAUACCACGCAACCCGGCAGUAGCCGGGAGCUGAUGGAUAGCCUGGUGGUCAUGAUGAGGACGUUUCUGCGCUACUUCUUCCCUCCGGAAUUUCGAAUUCCAAAAGAUGACAUUAACAGCAUGACCGCAGAGGAGUUAGUAGCUUUUCCAAUGAAAGAGUACUUCCAGCAGUAUGAGCUGGGCCUACAGAGCCUGUGCAACUCGUAUCAAAGCCGGGCUGAUGCCCGGGCUCGUGCUGUGGAAGAGAAGAGCAAUAGUGCAGAGGCACGCCUUCGUGACUCUGAGGAGAAGCUCCAGAAACUGCGGACCAAUAUUGUAGCUCUGCUGCAGAAAGUCCAAGAGGACAUCGAUAUCAACACAGAUGAUGAACUGGAUGCUUACAUUGAGGACCUGCUCACUAAAGGAGACUGACUGGACACACUGAGUGACCAGCGUUGCUCUCACCCUUCCCAGACAGCCAAUUUCAUUCUGUUUCUACCUUGUUCUGUGUGUUGGCUGUCAAAGAAAAAAACUGUGGGAUGACAAAGCAGCAAAGAUUGCAUUCCAUAUGUGUAAUAUAGAUAAUCAAGCACGCCUGCACAUUACCUGGCCACUCCUGAGAGUAGGCUGAGUGUUGCUAUGUGCUAGGAAGGACAUUGUGGGAGGGAGAGGGAAUUUAGUUUGGGCAUCCCGAAGCUUUUAGUAACUGUAAGGAAGAACUUUGUUGUUGGGAAAUGUGAUCCAAAACACUCUGGAUGUAUGACACUUGUCUCAUUGGUCCAGCGGAGGAAGAAAAUCUCACCUUUUAACCCCAUGUAGCUACUUCAAGGUAUCCCCUUUUUCUUACUAUUUUGUUGUGCGUUUCAGCAUGAUUUUGUCUACAAACAGGGUUAAAUGCAUUUUACUAGAUUUGGUUUAAAUUGGACUUAUAUUUGUACAAGUAUAAAUAUUAUACUUGUACAAAUAUGGUGUUAAACAAAAUUUAGUAAAAACAAACAAGAAUAAGCCCUUGAACAGUAUGGAGAGGGGAUAGUAGUCAGCCUAACCUUCUUGAUGGUAUUCCUGUCCAUCAUUACAUUAACGUACCUCAAGGCAUUACAGUACACUUCACCGUUUUGCAGUGUCCACUUUUAUUUUAUUCAACGCUAAAACUGUUGAUAGGACUCAGAACUUAGAUUAUGCUCCCCCUCAUUACACACUAAUAGCAAGGAGGAUUAUGUAGAUGUUAUUUCUGCUAUCUGCACAUAUAUCCAGUUCCUGUCACACAGUUCCAACACAUUUCACUUUGCUCAAAAUUCAGAUUUAAGUAUGUGUCCUUUUUUUUGGCAGGACAGAUGUAAUAAUCCCAGGGUCAGUGCUGCUUUUACCAAUUUAGAGGAUGGUAUCUGAUAAGUAUGAAAAUUGGGGGUUCUUGGAUGCUUCCUUCUUCAGGAGUAUACUCCAGAAUGGAGCAUGUGGGGAGAGAUAAUUAAUCUAAUUUAGCAUCUCCCAAGACUUUGAGGGUGUUAACAAGCUUGCCCUCAAACCAAAAUAUUUACUGGGUUUUAUCAGUAUAUAUUAUCUUGGAAGCUUUCAUCCGACUAUAGGACAACUUUUUUGGGGUAGGGGAGGGGCAGUAUAAUCGCUUUAAAAUCACCCAUAUUAUUUAGUUAAUCCAGUCAAGGGAAGCCUUUAUGUGUAUUCUGUGGUAAUGUUUCUUUUAAAAAAUAUUUUUAAAUGUUAAAGAACUGUUUUAUUAAAAUGUGUGGUUUAUUUUU